AUGAGAGGUGUGAGGAAGUUGUUAGAAGGAUGUGGCACAGACCCUGCGCUAGUUUGGUGGAUAAAGUUCAGAAUCUCAUCUCCCUGGGGACUCUGUUGGGUAAGUAUCGAAGUGACAAACUCAGGAAGGAAAUUCUCAAGGUUGAAUCUAAUAUCAAUAAUCUGGAUUUGGGGGACCCUUCCCCUGAGGAGCUUGCAAAAAAGCAGGAACCUCAAUAAGUGUCUUGAUGAUCUCUUGGCCAAGGAAGAAGUCAUUUGGCGUCAGCGCAACAGAGCCUUGUGGUUACACAAACGAGAUAAGGAUACAUCGUUCUUUCAUGGAAAAGCAUCCCAACAAAAGAAAACAAAUUCCAUUGUGAGAAUCAAGGAUGCUAGUAUGAUUUGGUGUAAGAAGGAGGAUGAUAUUGAGAGAAUUUUCAGGACUUAUUUCAAUGAGCUUUUCACGUCUUCUAAACCGGUGGGUGCUGAGACUAUCACAGAGGUGGUAAAAGACAUAAUUUCUGGAGAGGAUUGUGACUGGUAUAGGCGGCCUUUUGAUUCCUUAGACAUUAAGUAA